GUAACACCCUGGUCCUCAUCGGAAAUCCAUCAAGAAUGGCCAUCUCUACCCCCUAUUCUUGACCCCAAACUUGCGGAUGAGGUAUUCACACACCCAGGACUUGGACUAAAGUACAGCUACGAGCGCCUAGAAUGGCUAGGUGACGCAUAUCUGGAGCUAAUCGCAAGCUCUCUCAUUCAUCAAACGUUCACGCAGCUGCGUUCAGGGGCUUGCUCCCAACUCCGCGAGAGGUUGAUUCGAAACGUCACUCUCGCCGAAUACUUUCGGCACUACGAUAUGUCUCGGUGGGCUAAGCUUCCAGAUGGCUUUGGUGAUAACAGAGGCCAAGGGCGAGGCAGAUCAAAGGACAAGGAUUUACUAAAGACGCAAGCCGACAUGUUCGAAGCUUAUGUAGCGGCAGUAAUUCUCUCGGAUUCCCAACAUGGGCUGACCAAAGUCGUGGAGUGGUUGAAGGCCCUCUGGGGUAGGACUAUCAAGGAAGACAUCUACAAAGCAGAGGCAGCAAAGAAACGAUCAGAAUCUCAACCGACAGCGUCAGAGGCACCAGAUUCAAGUGCCAAGCAGCGGCUGAGCGUGAAAAUCGUAACCAAAGGUGUUACGAUUGACUACAAAGAUCUACCUGGCGAGAAGAGAGACAAGAAUCUUGGACUGCCUCUGUUUACUGUUGGAGCAUACCUUACCGGCUACGGCGAGGUUGGGAGACUAUUGGCAGUCGGCACGGCCCUGAGCAAGAAGGAUGCUGGUCAGAAAGCAGCUGAGACGGCAUUGCAGAACAAGCGACUGAUACAGGCGUAUGAGGAAAAGAAGAGGCAGUAUAUGAAAGCCAAA